AACGCUUUUGCCCUGAUGUUUAGCAUUGUAGAUGAAAACUUCAGCUGGUACCUCGAUGAGAAUAUAAACACCUUCUGCUUAGAACCAGAUACAGUUGACAAAGAGGAUGAAGGUUUCCAGACCAGCAACCGAAUGCAUGCUAUUAACGGUUAUAUUUAUGGCAAUCUCCCCGGCUUGGAGAUGUGUGCUGACACUUCCAUGUCCUGGCACUUGUUUGGCAUGGGAAGCGAGAUAGACAUCCACGCCGCGUAUUUCUAUGGCCACACGUUCACUAACAGAGACCAGCGGGCAGAUGUCGUCGGUCUGUUCCCAGCAACAUUCAUCACAGCAGAGAUGACUCCUGGGAGCCCCGGGAGGUGGCUGAUAACCUGCCAGGUUAAUGAGCACUUACGAGGUGGCAUGGAGGCACUGUAUGAUGUUCAGAUCUGCCAAAAAAACCUGUCUCGGCCUUCACCACUCAGUCACACGAGAAGAUAUUAUAUCGCUGCUGAAGAAGUGCUGUGGAAUUAUGGACCUGACGGUUAUGAUAAAUUCACUGGGCAGGGUUUAAAUGCCACUGGCAGUGAAUCUGCAAUAUAUUUCACACAAGGGACUGACAGAAUAGGAGGGCAAUACUGGAAAGUUCUCUAUGUGGAAUAUACUGACGCAACGUUCAGUAAGAAGAAGAUUCGGUCGGAGGAUAUGAAGCACCUGGGAUUGCUUGGCCCUGUUAUAAAAGCUGAAGUGGGAGACACAGUGCUAGUUACUUUUUCCAACAAAGCCAAAAGGAGCUAUAGCAUUAUGGCCCAUGGUGUAAGCUUCAGCAAGAUGUCGGAAGGUGCUCCCUAUGUAGAUGGCUAUCUGAAGCCAGGAGCCCAUGUUAAGCCAGGUGAAACCUUCACGUACAAAUGGAGGGUGCCUGCAAAUGGAGGUCCAACAGAGAGUGACGCCCCGUGCCUGACCUAUCUGUACUACUCAGCCACCGAUGCCGUCAAGGACACCAACUCCGGCCUUGUGGGGCCUUUGCUGGUCUGUCGGAAGAACGCCCUGAAUCAUGAUGGGACACAGAAAGGAAUAGACAGAGAAUUUUACCUCCUCUUUUCAAUCUUCGAUGAGAAUGACAGCUGGUAUCUGCACAAAAAUAUUGAAGCAUUUACUGGAGACCCUUCAAAAGUAGAUGAAAACAAUCCAGAUUUCAAGGAAUCCAACAAAAUGCAUGCUGUCAACGGCUACUUGUUUGGUAACCUGCCGGGCCUGGCCAUGUGCAAGGACGACAAGGUCUCCUGGCAUCUCAUUGGGAUGGGCAGUCACUACGACAUGCACGGGGUUCAUUUUCAAGGAAACACCAUCGACCUGCGAGGGACGACGAGGGACGGGCUGGCCUUGUUUCCUCAUUUGUCGGGGACAGCGCUGAUGCAGCCAGACCGUGUGGGCACAUUCAAAGUGGUUUGCAGGACUUUUGAUCACUUUGUGGGUGGGAUGAAACAUCUCUACGAGGUGAGCAGCUGCCGUAAUACCACCCGAGCCCAGCAGCAGCUUGGAGCCAUGAGGCUCUACUACAUCGCCGCGGAGGAGGUGGAGUGGGACUACGCCUCAAAUAAGAGCUCGGCACCAAAGAUUUACAACAUCAGCAGUAAUGAGGAAAGCUACGGGCGUGUUUUCCUGAGCCAAGCGGAAGAUAUGAUCGGUUCAAAAUACAAGAAGGUGGUUUACAGGGAGUACACAAACGGCAACUUCACACAGCGCAAAGUGAGGACAGAGGAGGAGGAACACUUGGAAAUCCUGGGGCCUCUACUCCAUGCUGAGGUUGGUGACUCCGUCCUGAUAGUAUUUAAGAACAAAGCCAGCAGGCCUUAUUCCAUAAGUGCACAUGGCAUAGAAGAAGUAGGUUGUGAAGAACAACCUGAUACACCGAUUACCCUCCCUGGGGAAAUAAACACCUACAGGUGGAACGUCCCAGAACGAUCCGGCCCUGGCAAAACAGAUCCCAACUGCAUCACUUGGGUUUAUUAUUCAACAGCGAAUUUUGUGAAGGACACAUACAGCGGUCUGAUUGGGCCUCUUGUAGUUUGCAGAAAAGGAAUUCUAGAUGAAAGAGGUCUAAGGAAGGACAUCGAUCGUGAAUUUACCCUUCUGUUUAUGGUGUUUGAUGAAAAUGAAUCCUGGUAUUUGAAAGAAAAUAUUGAAACAUACCUUCAUAAGAAUCCUGAUGAUUUUAAUUCCACUAAGAACUUUGUAGAAGGCAACAGCAUGCAUGCAAUCAAUGGGAAGAUUUAUAACGGUCUCCUGGGUCUAACGAUGAACCAAGGUGAUAGGACAAACUGGUAUUUGAUAGGAAUGGGCAACGAAGUGGAUGUACAUACAGUCCACUUCCAUGCACAGACCUUCAUCUUUAAGACGGAUAAGGACCACAGAGGAGACGUGUACGACCUUUUCCCUGGGACUUUCCAGACAGUUGAGCUUGUAGCAGAAAACCCUGGAACAUGGCUUCUGCAUUGCCAUGUAGCCGAUCACAUCCAUGCUGGCAUGGAGACGACCUACACCAUCAAUAAAUCAGAGCGGAAAGCUCCUUCAGAAGGAGGAGUCACGACUGCAGCAUAUGAUACAAAAACUGCAAAAAAUAGGACCACUGCAAAGGAUUAUGACAGCAAAGGGGACAACCUUUUUGGCAGAACUUUGAGUUCUGGAGAAGCCAGCUUGAUACUUGCAGUGUCAUUUUUCAUUGGACUUGUUCUGCUGUCAACAGCAUUAACCUUCUUCUGCCUCGUCACUCGCCGAGGAAACAGGAUCCAUUAUACGGCUCUGCAUGACAAAAGUGCACUUCUAGCAGAUUCCCUGUAA